GCUGCUUUUAUGCCAUCCAAUCUUCUUCUUCUUCUUUUUUUUUCUAUAUUUUUGAAGGUAAAUAUGUACGAAGGUCUGCAAGAUGUGUCAUAUUACUUUGAAUAAAAUUACUAUAUAUGGUGAAAAUGGCACCAUUCCUCCCAGAUUACAAAUUGAUACUCCUGCAGUGACAUCACGAGAUUGCCUGGAGUAUGAUUUUGAAACGGUUGCUGACUUUCUCCUCAGAGCUGCACAUAUUACAACCAUAGUGCUGCGGGAGCAUGGAAAAUCACACUUGAAAGUUUUCCUGAACAGUAAGGAUAUCUGGAGCUCGGAAGCCAAGUUGAAACCUUUGCGUCUCAGUUUAUAAUGACAAUGUUUUUCCUGCAAUCCACAGACAUGCCUAUGAAAAUAAGGUAGCAACAAUUUUGGAAUUUAAAGCACAGUAUUUGCAAAAUAAUCUCUAUUUUGUUGUAAAAAUUGAAACCCUGAAUUCUUUUCAGUAUUGCUUGGUACCGUGUACCAACUGCUAAAUCAAUGAUAGGUUGAUCUAUUGUAUACCUCUCAAAUACUAAUAUUCAUAAAAGAGAACAGUGCAUCUGUUUGUCCUCUUUCGUUGAUAUAUUAGUAGGAAACAGAAAGUUGAGUAUUUUAUUAUUUAUAGACAUGGAAAAUUUGGGUCACUUAUUUGUCUCUGUUUCCACCCCAUGUAAACUGUUUACUUGAAGAUUAAAGCUGCAGCAUAUUG